AUGGACUUCGAAACAGUUCUUUACGAUUUGAAACCCAUUUUAGAUUUGGGGCAGAAUGCGGGCCCUAUAGACCAGGAUUCUUUGGCAAGAAGCAUCGCAACUCUGGGAACGGUGGCGGUGGCAGCGAGGGAACCGGAAAACAGGAAUUAUAUAGGUCAAUCUGGGGUGUUACAGAAGCUCGUGUUAGCCCUGGGCUGGACACUCAAGGUAGUGUUUACAGGGCUAGAGCUCCCGGGAGGACUACAAAAGGAGGAUCUCAUUGAAUUGGUUUCUGAGCUGGUGCGUUGUAUUGCAAAUUGCGUCGCAGACAUUGACGAGAACCGUGAAAUUGUUGUUUCAGCGGGAACCGACCUUUUCGAUAGCCAGAUACCUAAUGCGCUGCUCAUGGCAGAUAGUGAGGUUCGAAUGAAACUCAUGGUGCUGCUGAAGAAUUUGUGCAUAGGGAAUGAGGAAUAUACGAAAAUGUGCGCGCUCUCGUGCACAAGGCCGAUGAUUGCUGUACUUGAAGAAUUAUUUCGCGGCGACUUGCGUGCAACAGACUGGGACCACGUAUUUGUUGCGCUAGAUAUACUAGUGGAUUUUGCCAAGUACUCUUAUCUUGAAUUUUCGUUACCAGAUUUUGCACUGCUGGUCUCUGUACUGCGCAGUGCAGUAUUUUCUCUAAAGCCCAAAUCGGCUGACGACAACGACGAGGAUGAAGACGCAUUUUCUGAGUCACUUCAGCUGCUCACCGACGUUUUAGAGAUAGUUUCGUCCCAAAAUGAGAAGUUGAACUUUUCCGAUGUCACAUUAACUUUCAAAGUUUUGGACGACCUUUUCUCAAUCCUAGAAAGAGCACAGCUUGAAGAGACUUACGAGAAUAAGCUUAUUAUUUUGAGAAGACUAGUGUCCAUUAUCGGAUACAUAUCUUCGAACCCUUCCAGCACCAACCUCUUGGAGAGAGAAAUAGCAUAUAAAGCUAUCCACAAAGAUUCACCUGGCUAUACUCUUGCAGCUGCGAUGAUUCUUCUUUCAAACUCUAUUGCAAGUCGAAGCGACGUGGACGAGAUAACGUCUCACAUAAACUUUCGCAAGAUUAUCGAAAAUGCUGUAAAGCUGAAAGACGCGGUUCAGCUACAAGGUUUCUUGGACAUUUCCAAAAAGCUGCUGAAUCCGGACAGUGUGUUAGAAUUGCGCCCAGAAGACUUACAAUUACUCUUUGUCUCUUUGAAAACUGCAAACGAUCAAUGCACAUAUUACCAGAACCUUACGCCACUCAUCGAGGCACUUGAAUCAAAGCUUGCAGCGCUUCUCUCAGGCUCGAAACUGCGCCUGGCACUCGCCGACGACAAUUGGAGGUCGGUAGUGCUUGCGAACAGCGGCACGCCUGUGUGCCUGAUACUGGGCAAAUUAGCGAUUUCAAGUCAAGAAGUGGACCCAAAGAUCGCAGAUGAGCUUUGGGCUUCUGCGUUCCGUCCGACAAAACCAGGUUUUCAGUCACAGACGGUUUCUCCGGAAUAUUUGUUUCAUCUCUUCAAAGCAGUUGGGUUGUACCUCCACCGACAGAAGGAGAUGACGUUAAACCUUUUCAUUCAGCAAUACGCGAUGGAAAUUUACAAUGUGCUCGAUACUGCCCGCACACUUCAACAGCGCAACGACGCCGCAAGUGCGGGCAUUUUGAACAAUGCGACAUACGUCGCCGGCCUUUUACUCGAGGUUCUCCGCCAGCGAACGCUUUCUUCAGACGAAGAAAAGCUUCACGACUGCGCUGAAAAGCUUCUCAAGAAGCAAAAAAUUCAAGUUUAG